AUGGAUAACAAACCAUCUCUGAGUCAAUAUUUCGGUGAUAAGGAAGUGCCACCGGCCUCCCAGUUUUUCGACGAAAUCGGGACAUCGCCUUCUGACAUGAUACAGAGUAUUUAUUUAGGCGAAACAGAAGGCAUUCAAACAACUACAGCGAAUCUGUUUCCCCAAAAUAUGAGCAGCUCAUUCACACCACACAAGAUGACAGAAGAGCUAACAUUUAAUAAUGUCGUACCAACUGUGAGUACAUCUGCAUCAGUUCCUGCGACGAGUCUACCGGAUCCGUCAACGUUUUUCGACACUAUUGGUCCUGAACCACAGAUUAUGUCCUCAAAAAGUGGAAUUACUCACCCGACAAUAUUAACUGAAGCUAUGGAUGGAUUAAGUAUUAAAAAUCAACCAGUAGACAAAGAAGCUGAUAGAAGAAGAGAUGCUUGGAUACCAAAUGAUGAAGCCAAGAAGACACUCAUGAAGGCCCAGUCUUCGCCCAAAGGUUCAUUCUUUCCUGAAAGAGAGGUGCUUACGAUGCCAGGACUCAUUCUGGAAGAAGAAUUGGCUGACGCCCUGCAGGAAGUGGCCGUCAAAUACCUAGGGGUAAGUUCAGCUGGAAGUCGAGGAGUUGUAAGAGCUGAACAUGUGAGCCGGGACGAAGCAGGUCUGAGAGAGCUUCUCCGUACUGGGUAUCUGCGCGCUGCUAUCAACCUGACUGCUGUUCUGUUAACAGCUGCGGGACAAGGUGUUGGACGAAUGCACCGCCCCACUAAGCAUACUCCAAGGAGUCUCCAACUGUGGCUGACGCGUUUCGCUGUCAUGUCGAGGAUCAAGCUCUACGAUACGUUGGUAAAAGAGGCUGAGCCGUUCGGGGACUUGAACAAGCCUGAUAUGUUUUAUGAAUUCUACCCGGAAACAUACGAGAAUCGCUCUGGAAGUCUGGUCCCAUUCUCCCUGCGACUAUUAGUCGCCGAACUCCCGCAACACGUCGGCAAGCCAGAGGAAGCUCUCGACAGACUGUACGCAAUUUUCGGCGCCGUACAAACGAUGCUAGCGAAUUUGCGUGAGGGUAAGACGGAAGAUGGGACCAGCACCGUCACAGAACAAGAUAAGGUUGAAUCUAUCCGAUUGUGGGCAGGCAGAGAGACCAGAGUACUACAUUCUAUAGUCAAUUGCUCUCUUGCUAUGAAGGUGAGUAGAUUGUGUUAUCGCUAUGGAAAUUCCAGUAUAGUAAUAAGGUCACACUCUUUUUUUCGAAAAGUGUUUAAUUUGUUAUUGAACUAA